CUGUUCAACACUGCUUAUCGAUAACAGUGAAAAGUGCAUUCCGAGCAAAUUGUAUUGUUAAAUUUAAUUUUUUGUUUAAAACUCGCGAUGGCCCUGGCCAAUGUGCUACAGUUGAGCCAGAUAGCUGGCCAUGUCAUCCUUUUCAUCCUGUCGCUGUGCAUCAUUGUGCCAUUGUUUAUCAACCUCGACCAAUUCUGUGGACACUGCCUCCUCUUCACAACUGGCAAAUGGCGGGAGGAGGACGGGAUGUUCGAUGUCCAGUGGGCCUCCAGUGGCUUCUGCAACUUCCCCCUGAUUACCGGGUUUUUUCUGCUCAUCAUUUCGGUGGUCCAGAUAUACAGGUACGCCCGCAUGAAGGAGGAGGCCUCCUUUAUAGCUCUCUUCAUUGACGUUGUCUUGGGCAUCUGGAUGCUGGCCAUGUCCAUCUUGUCGGCCAUAUUCAUUACCCUGGGUUUCAUUGUCUGGUGCGAUGGCAUGACCGAGAGAUUUCCGUCCUGCGCUAUUUCCGCGGGUCAGAACAUCAUCCGCGGCGACACGGAGAAAAUUAACACCUCGGGAUUCUACAUCGAAAUGGGCACCACUCAAUUUGGUGCCUGGGGUUCUUUCGCUAUUUCCGUGGGCAUCGGCGUAAUCGCCCUGCUGAAACUCAUCGACAACCACCAGGUGCGCAACAUAAAGGUUUCCAUGUACUUGGAGCGCCAGCGGCUGGUGAAUCAGCAGCAGUACGAUGGCCGGUCAACCCCCCCGAUCGUCUCGAAUGCCUCAUCCGACUCGGAGCAGAACAAAUAGUUGACGUUUGUGAACAGCGAGCAGUUUAUAAUUCUCUACGUAUUUCUCAUCAUGUGCGUCGUUAUCAUUGUAUGUCAUUUGGUCCUCGUUCUUAUCAUCGAGACAGAAACCCGGCAGCACACCCUCUCUAUGUAGUGAAGCUCGUAACUAACUAACGAUAUUAGCCCUAGGAUUUAAGAAAAUUUACGUGAUAUGUAUUGUAUAAAUGUAUUUUAUUGAUUAUUCCAAGUUACAAAUAUAGUAAAAUAAAAACUUA